UCAAUCAAUCGGUCACGCUCGCAGCCCGCGGAGCGGAUGCGAUGGGCGUGUUGUGACAAAUCGGUCGUUAUGGAUACAUCGUGACGGUCCGGGGUACCCGGUGUAUAGGCUUCUCCCGCACGUCGCCCAGGGUGUGUACGAUGAUGCGCGUCGACGUGGUCGCGCUAUAGGACAAUCGCGACAAUCGCGACUAUGUCGAGGGACCCGCCACACGCCUUCCGGUCCUCUUGGAAACGAGUCGCGCCGCCACCUCCGCCUCUUGCGAAGAGGGUCUAGAGACUCCGGGCGCCUCCGGUUCCUUCCUCCUUCCUCUGUUCUUCGCGAACCGUCUCCGUCGUCUUCCACUGCACACGCGCGCGUCCUCCACCGCUUCGCGUUCUCCACCGCGUCCGCCGGAAGCACGCGAGCUAAGGUGAGUGACGCCGCGCGAAACGCGGAAGGAAGAAUGUUGGUCGGAAAUUCGUCUCGUCGCGGGUUCUUCCCCUCGUGAGUUCUUUAUCCGAGCGAAUCGUACUCUCUUUUUUUCCCCCCGCGCGAUCGCGGAAUAUCGGAAUUACGAGACCUGGCAUUAGCGGAAAAGCGGGAUAACAUAUCAGCAAUGUUCAGCAUGAGACCACACAGCGCUACGACGCGACAGGAGAUGGAGAUGAUCAACAAGUCCCAACGGGCCGUACAUUCCGCCACGGAUUGCAUGGAGAAGCUGCGUCUACUUUGCCUGGCCAGGGGUGCCAAUGGCAUUCUUGGUCUGGGCAGGGUAUUCCGUCGUAUGGAUGAUGACGGCAACAAAAACUUAAGUCUCGAAGAGUUCAAAAAGGGCAUAGAGGAGACAGGCUUGGAACUCUCCGACGACGAAACUAACGAGCUCUUUCAGAAAUUCGACAGCAAUGAGGACGGAAACAUCAGCGUCGAUGAGUUUAUCGUCGGCAUAAGACCACAGAUGUGUCAAAGCCGUAGAAACGUAGUGGACCAAGCGUUUCAGAAACUGGACAAAACUGGUGACGGUCGAAUCACCAUCGACGAUCUACGAAUGGUUUAUAAUGUAAAAUAUCAUCCGCGUUAUAUCAGCGGUGAGGAGAGCGAGGAGAGUAUUUUAAAUAAGUUCCUCUCGAAUUUCGAGCAAGGAGGCAACGUGGACGGUAUCGUAACGGAGGAGGAAUUUAUGAAUUAUUACAGCGCUAUCAGCGCAAGUAUAGAUAACGACACAUAUUUCGACCUGAUGAUGCGCAACGCUUAUAAACUGUAGACCUCGAUCUGUCUGUUUGCAUUUCGCGAGAUAACACAUCGAUCCUGUCUGUUCCACUGGUGGUCGCUGUGCGCAUCAACAACUGUAUAAAAGUCGCUAUUUUCGCUAAACUAAUGCGUAAUGAAUUAAUAUCGUUGUCACGUUAUCAGGAAUGACCUUAGUUUCUCAUUAGACUCGCACGUAUUCCGCUAAUUGCAACCUAGCAAAAGCAUGUAUUGUUAUACUGUGUCCAAUAUUAAUUAAUGCGUGAGUGCCGUUCGAGUGAUGAUGAAAUUAAAACUGAUAUACAUAUAUCUAGUUAAUUAAUCGAUAACACCCACCGGAAUGUUUCCGAACAGGAAGAAGAAAAAGUGGUGCGUGCAAAUCGACCUUAGAAGGUUUCUUAAAAAUUAAUCCGUCACUCUCGCUAAUUUUUAUUUUCCUGCCGAGCUGCUCAGUCGCCGGACCGCGGUAAACUCGUUUGAACUAUGAAACUUUUGAACUGUGUAAAGUUUGUACGACCAACUUGUUAAAACAAAAGCGAGAGAUACGCGCCCAACAGUCAUUUUCUUCUUCUUUCUCGACGCUGUGUUAGCUAUUUAUAAAGAAAGUUGGUUAUAGGGACCAAUUCUACAGCGCAAAUCUCGCGGUGGAGGCGCACCGCGCGUUCGCGUUUUUGUAAGUUAAUUCCUCUUUGUAAUCUUACAUUUAUUGUUCUGCGAAUAAAUAUUAUACGAUUAU